AUGCUCGCGCCUUUCAUGAGCGAGCUCGACAGGAUCGCACCAUCGUUCCCCAUCAAUGGCUCCCAGAUACGGAUCCUGCAGACGCCGGCCGAGUUCUACGAGACGCUGAAGGACAAGAUCUCCAAGGCGGAACGGCGUAUCUUCCUGUCGACUCUUUAUAUAGGGAAGACCGAGCGGGAGCUGAUAGAGACUUUGCGGGAUGCUCUGCGGAGGAAACCGGAGCUCAAGCUCAGCAUCUUGACCGAUGCCCUCCGCGGCACGCGGGAGGCCCCCCAGCCGUCUUGCGCAUCGCUUCUGGCUCCUCUGGUCGAAGAGUUUGGACCAGAUAGGGUGGAGAUACGGAUGUACCACACGCCGAAUCUGACCGGCUUGCGGAAGAAGUACAUACCCAAGAGAAUAAAUGAGGGUUGGGGACUGCAGCACAUGAACCCACCUAAUAAAGGUGACUUCGACACGAGUGUCUACCCCUUGGCACAGAUGACACAGCUCUUGUCGCCAGACACCUCAACGGAACUACCUGCCCUCACCCAUGUUUUGAAGACACUGGCAUCUCCUGAGUAUUCCAACUCGUCCUGGACCUUCACCGCUGGAUAUUUCAACCCAGCGCCAUCACUCACCAAGCUGCUACUUGCCACAGCAUCACAUCACAACAUUGUCAUCACCGCAUCUCCCUUCGCGAAUGGCUUCUAUCAAUCUAAGGGUGUUUCGGGCAUGUUGCCAGACGCUUAUACAUUGCUCGCAAGAAAUUUCCUUCACGAUGUGCACCAUCGUAAGAAGGACCUAGCCAUCACGCUCAAGGAAUGGAGGAAGGGUACGGUCAACGAGCCAGGCGGAUGGACGUACCACGCCAAAGGCAUCUGGGUGACCUUACCCUCGGACUCGAACCCCUCCCUGAGCCUGGUAGGGAGUUCGAAUUAUACGAAGCGAAGUUACUCGUUGGACAUCGAGGCGAACGCGAUGAUCCUGACGAAGAAUGAAGACCUCAAAAAGAGGCUUGGUGACGAGCAGCGCUGGUUGCAGGACCACGCAGCUCAGGUCACGAGGGAUGACUUUGCCAGAACGGAGAGGAGAGUCAGCUUGAAAGUGCGCCUUGCGAUGUGGAUAGUUUCGUUGGUCGGCGGUGCGCUAUAA